AUGACCACCACACCACGAACCAAAAUGGCCACCACCGACACCACCUCCCAGAACUCAGAACACCUCGCCCUCCUCUCCGCCGCCCAACCGCAACCCCAAUACUCCAACACCAGCACCAACACCCAUCAAGAAGAAGACGACGAAGAAGAAGGCGACCUAGAACGCGACUUCCCCCCAAUCUCCCCCUUGCCCACACCGCCCAAGAAACCCGCUGUCACCACCAACAACAAAGCCCCUCCCACCUCCCAAACCACCACCGAACACCAAUUCGCCUCCGCCGUCAAGGAGAACCGCCGGCAAGAUGUACCAAAACCUCUGACUCCUCCGGCUCUGGGAUUGACGCCUAUUUCGGUGGGAACGGCGGCUUCGCGGAAUCCGCCUGAGAGGCCGCAGAAUGAGUGGUUGAAUAGGGUGUUUCGGGAGGUGGCGAGGAGGGCGGUUGAGGGGAAGGGGAAUGGGGAGCGGGAGGGGGUUUGA